AUGACCAACUCAUAUCCUGACGUUGACUCCACAGCGAUCCCUGCAGACUUCUUUGCACACAAUAUAAACAUGACUAAUAAUUAUUCAUCCCUGAAAUAUUUGCUGACGUCAUCGAUGGGCAAUACUAGCGACGUGAAGGUGACGGUCCAAGACAACAGGCUUUUUCUCACCAGGUUCAUCGUUCAGAAGUUGUGUGUGCCCCUGAUUGUGUUUGUGGGCAUUAUUGGAAACUCCAUGAGCCUGGUCGUAUUGACGAGAAAGUGUAUGAAGUCCUCAACCAAUUCCUACCUGACUGCCUUAGCGUUGUUUGAUCUUCUGUACCUGGUGUUUAGUUUUACACUGAGUCUCAACCAUUAUCAGUUCUUCUCAAAAUCAUUCUCCUACGUCCACUGGUUUCCUGUAGCUCGUGUGUUUACUGACAUGUUUGCCAAUGUGUCCGUCAUAUUGACGGUAACGUUUACAGUCGAGAGAUAUAUUGGAGUGUGUCAUCCCAUGAAAGGGCGCAUAAUCUGCACAUCCCAGAGAGCCAAGUACAUCACAGCUAUAGUAUCAACAUUAGCCAUUUUGUGUACUGUGCCAGAAUUCUGGGAAAUGGAAGUUGUCGCUGUGUACACAAACCUGGCUGGCAGACCCAGCUAUGAGAUCGGCUACUACUGGUUCCUGGUGUCCAUGUUCACCCUGUUGCCGCUGAUCCUCCUGUGUGUCUUCAACGGAGUGCUCAUCCGUACAGUCGUCAAAGCUGCCCAGCUGAGGAGAGAGAUGACACUGAUAGCACCUGUCAGGUACAUCGGACGUAAUCAUUCCGGAGAACAGCAGAAGAUCACAAAGAUGUUGAUUACUGUGGUUCUUGCAUUCAUCGUCUGCCAGCUUCCUGGAGCUCUCCUGCUUCUGGUCAAAACGUAUGAUGCAUGGGCUGGAGUACAGCUGUCUAUAGAGAAAAAGACACAUCUCAAAAUCGCAGGAAACAUCACCAACUUGCUGAUCCAGGCAAACGCUUCCAUCAACUUCAUCCUCUACUCCGCCAUCAGCACCAAGUUCAGGCGCGUGUUCUACCACAUCAUGUGCAGGAGGAGGUGUUUAUGCCAGAGUCAGGACAUAGCCCAGGCAGCGUUCUCCAGAACUGAUGGCGUACAGAUGUCUUCAUUCUAUGGUAAAGUGCUAUUAUAA